UGUUGGGGCCCAGUUUGGCUUCUGUGACAGCUGAGAGCUGGAGAUGACAAACAAGCUGAAGGGGAGGAGAGUCUGGCUCCGAAGAUCUGACCUCCCACCCUGGGUCUUUCUUUCCAGACCCUGGACCUUGACCCCAGUACCAGCUCUCAGGUUGAAAUCUGGUUGAAGACCCCCCCCCACCCACCCAUCGCAGCUACCCACAGCCCCACCCUUGGGGUGGAUAACAAACUCCUAGCCAGAGUUUGCAGCUGUACAACAUCUGGGGAGUGGGGGGCUGCAGGAGACAGCUCUCUGUCCCCCUCUUCUGUCUCUCUCACCCAGGGUGAUUAGAGCUGGGUUAGGGAGUGGCGAAAAAAUAGGUCUGCUUGGGGCCCCUUGGCCUCCUUGUUUUAGGGACUCCAGGGGAAGGAGAACAGGAGGGACCUCACAGGCUAGCACUUUACUCUUGAUGUCUUUGUGAUCUUUCAGGUCAGGGCAAGGGGUAGGGGGGACAACACAGAUACCUGGGCCACUGCUCAAGUUCUCUGCAGGUUCUUCCAAUUCAUGUACUAAGCUCACCUGGAUCUUUCUAGCUGUAACAUUGAGUUGGAGACUAGAACAGGGAUGGGGGCAAGGGGAUGUGCUGAAGGCAAGAGUUGAAACUUCUCUGGAGUGGUAGUGGUAUCUUUGGGGAAGGGGGUGGAACCUUGUAGGACUUUGCAGUGAUGGGAAGUUCACCGUCUGGGGCAGUGACCUUGGGCCUCUCUAGUGGCUGGCUACAGGGAGGGUAGACUGGAGAGGAAUGAAAUUGGAAGUUCCGGAGCAAAGAAACUGUCUACUCUUUCCUUUCCCACCCAAACUCAUUUUCAGGGAUUUCUUUCUUUCUUUCUUUUUCUUUUUCUUUGGGGGUAGGGUGGCGCACAUGCCUGUAUGUUAUGGAUGUUGUUGCUAAGGGAAGCCAGUUUCUAACUUGAUGGGCAGGCUAUGAGGCUGGGGUAGGGGAGGAAGACUGGGAUGACCCUCCCCUCCCACCCACACACAUUUACACACCCUUCUUCCUCCCAUCUCUCCUCUUUCAACCCCUAGGGACAGGCUGCUCUAGGCCUCAAUGAUUCCAAUCGGGAAUGAAUUUCCUUCCUGUUUGCCUUCUAAGCCUGGGAAAAAUCUGUUUGGGGGCAGGCAGUGGAGAGGUGGCUUGGGAUCAGAGUGUCAGUAUCUGAAAGCCCUCUUAGACCUUCUUUUUGGGUAGGAAUCGUGUGGGCCUAUGUGAUUUGAACACCCAUGAUCCUAUUUAGUCUAUGAUAUAUGUUUGUCCUCUCCAAAGGGAAAAGGGAGAGGGCAGAGAAGGAACAGUUUCUCCCUUCUCUGGGGAAAGGAGGGUCCAGUAAUGGUCUUUCCUUUCCUAGGAGCCCAGAAUAGUUUACUGUUUGACCCAAAGUCACACUGAAGAUCUAUGACAGAACUGUCAUCCACCUGGUCCUUCCAACAAAGCCUUGUCCUGGAUGCUGAGGGAGCUAGAAGGGGUGGAAAUGAGGUUCCAGUCUUUAUGGGAGUAGGAAAAGAAGAACUCUCCUUAUGGCAUAGAUGUCGAGACAAAGGCAGAUGAUCCAGACAGAGCUCCAGACAUCAGCCUUUCGGGGUACACUUGGAGCAGAUCUUGGAGGUGGCUGUGCUGGAACUGCCCUUGAGGACCAUGAAUUAAUCUCCUGUGGGGACGAGCCUUUUCAUGAGCACACUCUAACACCACCGGCCGGUCGAGGACCCACCUCUCAGCAAGGCCUUCCCCUCCCCACCUCUCCCCAGGGUUGAGGAUCUCUGGAGAAGAUGGGGCGGAAAAAGAUCCAGAUUCAGCGGAUCACAGAUGAGCGGAACCGGCAGGUGACAUUCACCAAACGGAAGUUUGGGUUAAUGAAGAAAGCCUAUGAGCUGAGUGUGUUGUGUGACUGUGAAAUUGCCCUCAUCAUCUUCAACCACUCCAACAAGCUGUUCCAAUAUGCCAGCACUGACAUGGACAAAGUCCUUCUCAAGUACACAGAGUACAAUGAGCCCCAUGAGAGCCGCACCAAUGCCGACAUCAUUGAGACCCUGAGGAAGAAAGGCUUCAAUGGCUGUGACAGCCCCGAGCCGGAUGGGGAGGACUCCCUGGAGCAGAGCCCCCUGCUGGAGGACAAGUAUCGGCCGGCCAGUGAGGAGCUGGACGGGCUCUUCCGGCGCUAUGGGGCGCUGCACAAGAAGCACAGGGAAUGUGAGAGCCCUGAGGUGGACGAGGUGUUUGCCCUGACCCCCCAGACGGAGGAGAAAUAUAAAAAGAUAGACGAGGAGUUUGAUAAAAUGAUGCAGAGUUAUAGACUGGCCUCUGCGGUUCCAGCUCCAAAUUUUGCCAUGCCGGUCACGGUGCCUGUGUCCAAUCAGAACUCACUUCAGUUCAGCAACCCUGGAGGUUCUCUGGUGACCCCAUCACUGGUUACGUCAUCCCUCACAGACCCGAGACUCCUGUCCCCCCAGCAGCCGGCCCUGCAGAGGAACAGUGUAUCACCAGGGCUGCCCCAGCGACCAGCCAGUGCUGGGGCCAUGCUGGGAGGAGACCUUAAUAGUGCAAAUGGAGCCUGUCCUAGCCCUGUUGGGAAUGGCUAUGUCAGUGCCCGGGCCUCCCCUGGCCUCCUCCCCGUCGCUAAUGGCAACAGCCUGAGCAAAGUCAUCCCAGCCAAGUCUCCGCCCCCACCCACCCACAGUGCCCAGCUUGGGGCCCCCAGCAGAAAGCCAGACCUUCGAGUCAUCACCUCCCAGGGUGGGAAAGGGUUAAUGCAUCACUUGACUGAGGACCAUUUAGAUCUGAACAAUGCCCAACGUCUUGGGGUCUCCCAGUCCACCCACUCACUCACCACCCCUGUGGUCUCUGUGGCAACACCCAGUUUACUCAGCCAAGGGCUUCCCUUCUCCUCCAUGCCUACCGCCUACAACACAGAUUAUCAGUUGACCAGCGCAGAGCUCUCUUCCCUCCCAGCUUUCAGCUCAACUGGGGGGCUGUCGCUAGGCAACGUCACUGCCUGGCAACAGCAACAACAGCCACAGCCACCCCAGCAACAGCCACAGCCACCACAACAACCACCACCACAGCCACAGCCCCAACAGCAGCAGCAGCCGCCGCCACCGCCGCCGCCACCACCACAGCAACAGUCCCACCUGGUCCCCGUGUCUCUCAGCAACCUAAUCCCGGGCAGUCCCUUGCCUCACGUUGCUGCAGCCCUCACCGUCACCACCCACCCCCACAUCAGCAUCAAGUCAGAGCCGGUGUCCCCGAGCAGAGAGCGCAGCCCAGCACCACCAGCCCCUGCCCCCUUCCCAGCCCCAGCUCGGCCCGAGCCUGGGGAUGGCCUCAGCAGUCCUGCCAGUGCAUCCUACGAAGCUGGGGAGCGGGAUGACGGGAGGGGUGACUUCGGGCCUACCUUGGGGCUGCUCCGUCCAGCCCCAGAGCCUGACACUGAGAGCUCAGCGGUGAAGCGGAUGCGGCUGGACACCUGGACAUUAAAGUGAUGAAACUCCCCCUCCUCUAUCAACCUCCCUCUUGAAGAGUUGACAAUCUCACCGCCCCUCCCAGUCCCGGGCUCCUCCCCGCUCGACCCCUAGUUCCUUUCUCGUGCUCCGUGUCCUGUUGACGGUUACAUUUGUGUAUAAUUAUUAUUAUUAUUAUUAUAUUAUUAUUAUUAUUUUUUUAAUUUGAACUCUCGCUUCUGGGAGGGGGAAGCAUCCCCUUCUCUUUCUUCUCCCCUCUGUUUUCAUGGGGGGGAAACACUCUUUUUUUGGGGGGGAUAAUUUGCACGUUGUACACAUAUGCUGCAGGGGGGGAGGGGGGACCCCAAAAAAAAGACUUUGGGAUGGGGCAGAAGCCGAGCCCUGCAUGUGGAAACCUCCCUUCACCCCCAUCCCCAAGAGAGAGGAAGUAACCAAAAAAAACCCCAUAAAGUGAACUUUGAAACCCCAGAACUUAGUUUAGACCUGGGGGAUGUGGGUUGGAUGCCUGGGUCAACACUGUUCUGCUUGUGCUGCAGGGCCUCAAGAGGGCUGGCUGGAGUUGGGGUUAAAAUCCCCAUGGGGCUCUGCCUCUCCAGUGCUAUUCAGGAUGUUCCUAGGCUGCUUAGGUAUGGGGUGAGCACUCAGGCCUGGAACUCCAAAAUAAUUCCCAUCCGUCACUGAUUCAUGUGUAAGCUGCAUUUUCCAAAACUAAGGGGCAGGGGGUCGAGUUGAAGUUGUAGUGUAGGGGCAGCUGGCCCUGGCAUCCAGGAGAUAUCAUCUCGAAUGCUGGGAAGUCUAGUGUUGGGUGGGAUGGAGAGAGACAACCUCCCCACUGACGCUGCCACUCUCUACCGGACUGGGAGGAACUUUGGAGUCUCUCCCUCUCUACAAAUGGAAGAGGGUGGGGAUGGAAUAGGGGGCCACCUCAUAGCACAGUGGGUGUGGGGCAGAGAUGUGGGAUACCCCUUCCUUAGGCAUUAGUGGAGGAUCCUGGUGGUGGAAAGAGAGGAGGUCCUCUUUUCCCUCCUCUGGGGUCUUCUUCUAAAAUAUACAGUGCAAUAGCAUCCCUUCCCUCACUCACCUCUUUCACUCUGGCUCCCUAAUUUCCGACCCCAUCCUUCUGCCCGUGGUGCUGGCCUAUAAAAUUAAGCCUCAACCUGGAGGGGAUGGGGCAGAGCCAAUCUUAAUUACGCUGGUAGAACCUGGGAAAGCAACUGAGGAUGGUGAGCAUCUGCUACCCUUCCUCCUUCUCCGCCUGGACCCUCACCCUAGCAGUCCCAGACUGGCUUAAGGAAAGGCUAACUGGGAUAUUAGGAGGACCUGGGCAACAUCCGUAGCAAGAGGGGUCUGUUAGGGUCAGGGAAGAUCAAGAUAUCCUUUUAUCAUGGAAGUUGUGGAAAGGGGGAGGGACAUAUGCCCAUUUCCCCAAUCACAUAUGAUCAUGCACCAGAGGCCUGGGCCCCAGGAGAACCCACAUUUUCCCAGAGACAGGGUAUGAGGUGGGAUGGAGCAAAGCUGCCAAGCCUCACUUCCAGUUCUAGCCAUGUCCUAGGGUGUGCCCACUUUCUUAGCCUCGAUGCACCUUGGCCCUCCUCUCCUCGAGCCCCACCUCCCCAUCCCCACCAGCUUGCUACCUCCUGCUCCCUACCACCAUCACCACCUCCUCUCCCCCCCAACUCCCCUUUGCCACCACACCCCAUCUUUCCCUCGGCUACUGUAAUUGUAAAUAGCAACUUUGGAAAUGUUGGCUAUGUAACAGUCCAGGAAACUGUUUUUUUGUUGUAUUGAUAUGAAAUGAAAUUCUAUUUUUGUCAAAGUAUAUUGUAAUAAUAAUGACUCUGAAACGGCCCGUAGUGUACAGAUGAGAUUGUUCUUCUACUGUUGUUCUUGCCCUCCUCUCAUCCCACUUUUGCCCCUUUUAUUUUCUCCCCAGAUGUGUGAAGCUGGGGAGAGGGGGGGCAGAGAGGGAGCCAGAGCCGGAGGCCCUUGGAUCUUUGGCUGUAUCUAAGAUCAUUAGGGAGCUGGGAGGAGUCCCCCAGCGUCUCCCACUUCCAUACCUACUCAUAGAGGUAAAGGGGACAGUGGAGAGUGCUGGGUUGUCUUCCCCAUUCUUUCAGACAUUGAUGCUUGGCUUGUGCCCUCAGUGCCCAAGGGCAAGGGGCUUUGUCUUGGGUCUCUCAUCAGAAUUGAAACAUAGAGGUAGCAGAAGCCUAAUUCUAUUGACUAUUUACCCACCUCAGAGACCUAGCCAUUUGCAGUAUUCUGAAACUCAUCAUGGGGAGGAACCUGAAGCACAGAGAGAGAGAGAGAGAGAGAGAGAGAGAGAGAGAGAGAGAGAGAGCUCGAGCGUGUGCGUGCGUGCGUGCGUGUGGUGUGGUGUGUGUGUUAGUGGGUGCAUACACGUCUUUGUAUGUGUUUGUAAAGUUUGUAAAGCUGUCCAGCAUUUCAGCUUCUGAUCUUCCCAACUCUGUUCUCCCAAAAGUCCUUCAUCACCAUAUUUUUUUCUUGCUGCAACCAGCUCUUUGUUCACUCAUUUAUUAAUUCAGUAAGCAUUUUAUUAAGCACUUAUUGUGUACCAGAUGCUGGGAGAGAUACAAAGUUUAGAAAAGGCAAGAUCCCUGUCUUUCUGGACCUCACAUUUCCUCUACUCAGAGAGUCAUCUUUACUUGCUAAAUUAUAACACUGAUUAUUUUUCUAUGUCCAUUUUUAAGGAGGAUUUUGCGGCUGGUCCCGCCUGGCUUUCUCAUUUGGUCCUGUCUUUCCAACCUUACCCCCAAGGAAUUGUCUUGCUCCAGCUAGCCUGGGUUCUUUUCUGUCUCCCAAGCAUGUCUUGGAUUUUCUUACCCCUCUACCCGUGUUCAUCCUUGGAAUGUGCUGUCCUCUCCCAGAGUCCUCCCUUUCCCCCAAAUUGAGAUCCAAAUGGUCCUAUCUCCUGAAUAAUUCUGAGGUCUCAGUGAUUGUUCCCUCCUUAUUCCUUUAGAGCAGUGGUUCUCAAACUUUUUGGCCUCUGGAUUUUUAAAAAUUAUUAAGGACUCCAAAGUUUUGUUUAGGUGGUUUAUACUCUCUCUCCAUCUUUACCAUAAUAGAAAUAAAAACAUCUUAGUGUUAUUAUGAACAUUGCUUUGACCACAUGAUCUCUCAUGAGAGUCUGAAGACCCCAAGCCACACUUGGAGAAUUGCCGGCCUAGAGCAUAUUGUGCCACCCUGCUGUAGCACCCCCCCCCCCCCAUGCCCAUCUUCCUAGUUAAGGGUAUCUUAUUUAUCUUUGUCUCCAGCCCUGCCCUCCCACCCUUACUCAUAGCCCAGUACCUCCCCUUUUUUGGGCCAGACUUACCUCCUACCUGGCUCCAUCCUGCUCUCCUAGGUUGAGCUACCCUACCACUAAAUACCCCAGGGAAUCCUUCCUUUCCUCUCCCCUCCGUGUGUGUGUGUGUGUGUGUGUGUGUGUGUGUGUGUGUGUGUGUGUGUGUGUCUGGGUGUGUCUGGGUGUGUCUGGGUGUGUCUGUGUGUGGUGUGUCUGUCUGUCUGUCUGUCUGUCCCUGGCCCUGACUGUACAGUGUUUUGCCUUAUGUCUUACAGUGGCAUUUCUGAUGUUGGAUAACUCUGUGUAUGGAUAUGAGGGCACCCCAGUGUAUUAGCCAGGUGUGUGUGUGUGUGUGCACGCGUGCGCAAGGUUGUGCGUGUUUGGAGAUUUUUAAGGGGGAGAUGCUAUAUGAUUGUGUGUCUGUUACAUUUCUGCAGUUCAGUAUCUCAGUGUUUAUUACAGGACUUUCCAGCCAGAUUAGCAAUCCCCCUUGGAGCCUGGCCCUUCUCGGUGGCUUGGUGACUCCCCUCCAUUAGCCAAACUCACACCUCUUCCUAGCCCCUCCCCCAAGAACUGGGCAUUUGCCAAAGCAACCACUGGAGACAGCCAACACCCCUCACCUCCACCCUCCAAUUUUUAGACAGCUAUCAGGGAAGACGGGUGAGAGGAACCCCCCCCCAACAAAACACCACCACCCCUUACAACAGUGCACUAAAUAGAGCGGUGAGACCGAUCCCCAAUCCUAAUCCUCCCCACCUUGGACAGAAAGGAAGCAAUGCACUUCUCUUACUGUUUAUUUAUUUGUUUGGAAAGGCAGAGAUGAUGUAAAAGUGUAUCUAGAAAUAUCUAUAUCACUAUAUAUUUUUAACUGACUCUUCAAGAUCCCUUGAGGGGGUAGGGGCGAGUUUAAGGUUCCAUUGGGGGGGUGGAACCUGGGAACUCCUAGCUUUACCUUCUGCCCCCCUCCCUUGAAACAUUGGUAGGAGGGAUGGGAUUGGGUGGGGCUGGACUGUUUUUGAUGGAGAAUCUGGAUUCUCUUGUGUCCCUCCCCAGCCCCCAUCUAAGGGGUGUGGAAAACUCAAGGAGGAAUUCCACCCUCUCCCCAACCCUCUCCCCACUCCCAAACCUGACAAUCACCCACUCCCCUAUGGCUCUGACUGGGUCCUGGGGGCGGGGGGAGUCGAAAGUGUGUGGCUGUUGAUUUGUUUUCAAUAUUUCUUUCUGUGCUGUAUGGUGAUGCUUUCUUGGUAUUCUACACAAUAAGAAAAGACAAAAAAGUCCUCAAGUUCUUAUGAGUUUUGUUUGAAAACUCUUUCACUAUAUUUGUUGUAAAGAGGUUUACUAUUAAAAGAAAAAAAAAUACACGUUUCUGAUAA